AUGCUCCCCACGCUCGGUCUCAUCAGGAUACGCUGUCCACAACGGGAUAGUUGCAGCCGAGAGCCCUGUCUGUAUUCGCACGACAUAGCCUUGGGUGCGACGAGCAAGCCCAAGCCAAAGUCAGCGGCCAGUCGACCUUCACUUGAAUCCAAGACAGUGCCCGCGAAACCGGGCAAGGCUGCCUCGCAGGCCGUCGAUGUCAAUGUAGCAGCGGCUGUGCCUCCUCCUGCAAUACCGCAAGGUAGCUCGAGCGAUUUGAAGGAGCGACCGAGCAAACGCAUCAGGUUCAAUGACUAUGACCUGCCGUCUCACGGGCCGCCCAGAUUAAUCUCAGUCGGCCGCCAGGGAACAACGAUACCUCUAGCACAACGACAGCAUUUCCUGCGACUCCUGCAUACAGAGUACCACAAGCUCUACGAUCAAAUCGACCAGCAACACCGCCAGCUAUACGCAUGCGAGGACGCGAUCGAUCAGGAGUUGACGCUCUAUCAGGCUCGUUCGCCCCCGGCAGUCUACAAAUCGAUGCUCAUCAUGGCGGUCUCCAAGGUUGUCAAGCGGACUCAUCCAGCCGCUUUACUUGAGUGCGGCACAAAUGAAGAAGUCGAGCAACGACGCAUCGCGCGGCGCAAAGCAAGCGCGGUCAGUGUCCCCUACGAAGCUGCUUUGCCGCUCGUCAUGAAAUUUGAAGAUCUUGUGUCGUACGGCUACAUGGUAGAGGUCCCGGAUGCUCCGCAUCACACGGAGCGUAACCGACGGGGCGCCCUACGGGACUGCUCACGCUGCAAGGCGGCGUUCGAGGUGCGCAAUUUGGGAGACCAAUCAGCUGAAGAACGUCUCGCUUGCCGCUACCAUCCCGGUAAGCUCGGUCCGAUGCGCCUCGUCGAUGGAUUGAAGCAGCGGAGCUAUACGUGCUGUAGCGUGUCUGACGGCACAAGUGGCUGCACAGAAGGCCCGCAUGUCUUUUCGGAGCGAGACAUCAAUGAUCUGCACGAGAUAGUCGCCUUUCGCGCGACCGAAGCCGCGACAAAGCCAGCCCCACUACAUAUCCUCGCCAUCGAUUGCGAGAUGGUCCAUAGCACAGCCGGCUUCUCGCUCGCUCGCGUGUCGAUCGCCGAUGGUAGUGGCCGCCUGCUGCUCGACGAAUUCAUCCAACCUCCCGGCGAUGUCAUCGACACCAACUUUCAAUUCUCAGGCUUGACGCUCGCGCAGAUCAAAGCUGCCACCAUGACGCUCGAACAACUCCAAGAUCGCUUGCUGGAUGGCAUGAUUGACGUCAAUACGAUCAUCGUCGGCCACGGUCUCGAGAACGAUCUCAGAGCGCUCCGUCUAGUCCAUCACAAGGUCAUCGAUACCGCUCAGCUCUUUCCCCAUCCCCGAGGACUGCCGCUUCGCAAGCGUUUGCGCGAUCUUGUCAGGGAGAACCUUCAGCAAUUCAUCCAGGACGACUCCGGUGCCGGACACGACUCUCUGGAGGACGCGCGUUCUGCAAUCCGCCUCGUUAGGCUCUACCUCGAUCGAGCAGAGAGCACAACAAAGUGA